AUGGCACAAGCCCAAAUUCACGCCCAUCGCACCGGAGCACUGCCGCAAAUAGGGCCACACGUCAGCGCUCGAGAUCAAUACUCGACGGCCACACCGUCAUUCCGAAGAACAUCGGAGCAUCUCUCCCGAUCGCCAACCUUUCCCGGCGCGCUCCUUCGACGGCAUCAGUUGACAACUUCACCGAGUACGCUUACGGGCUUCGCUCCCCCAGCUACCAGGAUGGAGUCCAGCCAGUACGGAACUCGCCCGGUUCACCAACAGCCGGCACCUCCGUUGCAACCUCUCCAGGCGUUGGGGUCGUUAUCGUACAUCGACUCGGCCCUGACCCCCAUCAAGAUGGAAAUCAACGGCGCCGUUGACAAGGGACCUUUUCUGUCAAGCGAUCAGGAAUGGACCUGCUAUCGGAGGAACUACCUGGCCUGUGUCUGCUCCUACCAGCUGACGCCGUGGUAUCCCAACAUGCCCAUACAGUUCACGCCGACGUCGACGUCAACCUCAAACCCGUCUCAGGGACUCCAGGUCUAUGGUUUCGCCAUGACCAUUUCGGCCGUCGUGGCGGAAAACGAGCAACAAAAUAUCGAGUUGGUGCAGCACACUCCAAAAAGAGACAAGGGACCCAUCUCCAAGCCUUCCAGGGUACCCAUGGUGCCCAAGGUAGGGGCGUCAUCACAUCAUUCAAUGAGUAUCUACGGAGACGGCACUGCUGGGCCUGGUGGUGCCCGGGGCUUAUAUGCCGACAGUUUCGGUGCGCCGCAGACAAGCAGCCAGCAGCUCCCUGCCGAGCAUACCUUUGAGCGCAUCCAGUUCAAGCAGGCUACCCAGAACAACGGCAAACGGCGGGCGGCACAGCAAUACUAUCACCUCAUUGUGGAGCUAUGGGCGGACGUGGGAAGCCAUAGUCCGGACCAGUUCGUCAAGGUGGCGUUUCGCAAAUCAGCCAAAAUGAUUGUCCGCGGUCGCUCUCCGGGUCACUACCAGAACGAGAGGCGAGGAAGUCAGGGCAACGGCCCGGGAGGUUCCGCUGGCGCCAUAGGCGGCUACCCGCUGGGCCACAUAGGAGAUUUCAACUCCAGCGCCAUCAUAGGUGGGGCCGGGUCUGGGGCCGGGGCCGGGGCCUUUGCCGCAACAUACGACAAGUACGACAAUCGUUACGGCAAUGCUCGGCAGCAGGAAGCUAACGAGGAUGCCAUGAUGUCUCCAGAAGAGGUCAAACCCAUGGACGCCUCCAGGACUUGCCAGUACUAUUCCGGAGCAACGUACGAUGGUCAUCACGACCGCGCAGACAUGUUUAACCACCGGAAUGCGUCCGACCCGACAAUGGCAACCAUCGCUCCUGACGGCAAGCAGGUCAAGAGCGAGUUUGAGGUCAACCUACUCCCUCGACCUUUCAACAACUCGGCGCCGCGGGUGAUGACCGACCCGCGUAGCAAUGAUCAGUAUGACUCGAAGGGCACCUCCAGCAGCUAUUUUCCAUCCACCAUCUCCCCAACUGGCAUGUCGAUGGGAUGA